CCACAGCAAUCUCGAUCUCAGCCCAUUAGUUCUGCAGAUAAGCUCAUUUCCAAACCAAAACUAAGUUUCUUUUGCCUGAAAAUUACAUAUAUAUCCAAUGGCAUCACAGAUCGAGAGCCACCGCUCAGGCGCUGAGAUCGCCAAUGGCGAUGCCAUCUGCAGGAAGAAGUCCAUCGAGCUGCUGGAGGAGCUCGGCCUCCCCACGGGCCUCCUGCCAUUGGAGGACCUCGAGGAGUUCGGCUACAACAGGGAGACCGGCUUCCUGUGGCUGGUGGUGCAGAGGAAGAAGAAGAUCGAGCACACCUUCAAGAAGAUCAAGCAGACCGUCUCCUACGCCGGCGAGGUCACGGCGUUCGCCGAGAAAGGGAAGCUGAAGAAGAUCGCCGGAGUGAAGACCAAGGAGCUGCUGCUUUGGCUCAGCGUCGUCGAGGUCUACGUCGCCGAGGCCUCGGCGGAGAAGGUCACCUUCAAGAGCGGCGCCGGAAUCUCCAAAACCUUUGACGCCGCUGCAUUUGCACUUGGGGAGUAAGGAUCGACCUGCUAAUUUGCUUGCAUUUGUUUACCAAAAAUAUAUAUAUUUUAAUUGUUAAUAAGUAAUUACGCCAGACUCCAGUGUAAUACCCGCGAAUUUUAGUUACUUCCCAUGUAUGGACUGUGGACGGACACCCAAGUGCUGAAUUUUACUUUCGAUUUGCAAACACCAGAGCGACCUGUCCAACCCAACACAACGUACUUAUGUUUCAAGUAAAAAUGUGACUGAAUCGUCACAAAGCAUUGACACGGCUAAAA